CAUCUACAUGUACACUGUGCAACUCACUGCCGUGUGAAUCUCGACUUAAAGCAGAUAGAUAACGGGUCCUGGCAGCCCGCAAGAGAAUCAUCGCCGUUGAGCCCAUUUGACUGUUAUAUGUCUUUACAAUUGAACGCUUGUCGCGGCUGCGCCGACGCCCGAUUCUUCUAUUGUGCGUGGAAGACAGGAUCUCGAUAAAGAUCUUAAACCAGACGACCAUGAUGGUGAUGAUGCAUCCGUGGAAUUAUCAGCCCGGUGUCUGACUGCGAUGGAGCCGACCGCGCUCAAGUGGAGCUCCUUGCUAGCUAGCUAGCUAGCUAGCUAGCUGGCUAACGGUGCCCGCCGGGAUACACUCGACCCCCCGAGCAGCCCUGGAUAACGUCGCCUCGAUGGCUGUGAUUGCUGUUUGUUCCGACUACAUCAGACCAAAUUGAACGAUGUCCCUCGUUUUGACCUAAACAUGGAUCAUAUCUGCUGGAAAAUGUGUUAACUUGUUGGUUUAGGUUUUUUUCUCCACAUGACGGCGUUCUCUUUUUUUCAACACACUCGCUUUUUGCUACAUCUUUAAUGCUCUUUGGAUGCCUCUGUGACAUUACUUCGACGGCGUGGAUCACGAUGGCCCAGCUGUUGGACAGGGCCGGCAAACUUGGCUGGACUCUUCUGAAGGCUGUGUCCCGUUUCGUGUUUAUGUUCAUUAACAACUGUGUAGCCAUCCCGUCCUACUGCCUGUACCUGCUGGUGCUGCAGCCCUUGAGAAUAUGGCACAGCUCCACGUUCUGGCACCUCGAGGGCGUCAUGUUUAAAUGGAUGCUGGCCAUGGUGUCGUCGUGGGGCUGGAUCGCAGGCUAUACAGUCACCGAAUGGGGCGAUGAUGUGCGGCCCAUUUCUGAAGAUGAAGCCAUGGUCAUUGUCAACCAUCAGUCCACGGGAGAUGUAUGCACCCUUAUGAUGUGCCUGCAAGACAAGGGCAUGGUGGUACGAAAAAUGAUGUGGUUGAUGGACCAUGUGUUCAAAUACACAAACUUUGGCCUAGUGUCCCUUAUACACGGUGACUUCUUCAUCAGACAGGGUAAAGCCCACCGAGACAAGCAGCUGGUCUACUUGAAGGAACACUUAGACAAAUAUUACCAUAGUCGUGACAGGAAGUGGAUCGUACUGUUCCCUGAGGGUGGCUUCCUGCGCAAGCGGAGGGAAACCAGCCAGUUGUUUGCCAAAAAGCAUUCUCUACCCCACCUGACCCACGUCACGCUGCCUCGCCUCGGUGCCACCCAGGUCAUCCUGAAAACUUUGUCAGCCCAGCAUGAAAAUGGCAGUGUGGGUAAUGAGAGCGGGACACCCAACCAGACCGGUAAAAAGCGCAAAGGGCUGCAGUGGGUGAUAGAUGUGACCAUAGCUUAUCCCAAAGCCAGACCCAUGGACAUCCAGACGUGGAUUUUUGGCUACAGGUCGGCAACAGUCACCCAUGUUCACUACAGGAUGUACCCAAUUAAAGAAGUUCCUGUUGAGGAGCAGGCUCUGACAGACUGGCUGUAUCAGAGGUUUGUGGAGAAAGAGGACUUACUGGCCCACUUCUACGACACAGGAACGUUCCCGCCUCCAGAGGGCCAGAAAGAAGCGAUCUCUCGGCAAAUGACACUGGACCCCGUGUGGCUGUGCGCCAUCCAGUCAUUUGCCUUCGUCUCCGGCUACAUGUGGUACAGCCUCUUGCGGCACCUCUACUGCGGUAUGUUUUGAGUACGCCGACGAGGUGAGCAGGAAGAAGCGCUUCGGGAUCCGCCGGUGUCAUGCAAUGGAUGACUGUACCUUUGCGAUUCACGCGGCGGGACUAAAGACUGGGGGGCACUAAAAAAAAUAAAAUAAUAUGUAUACGACGUGUAGACAAACAGAAUUACAGGCCCAACACGACACAUGAUCUUUCACAUCAUGGCUCUCAUGUUGAUGUUUACACAUAGGCCCGCGCAUUCAAGAGGCUCAGGACAAAGAACUGCUGUAGUUUCAUGAAGUGUGUUUGGACAUGUGCGUCUGUGAAUACUGUGAGAAUACAAGCAUCAAGUCCACCUUUUAGCCUGCCCUCUUUCUCACGCCCAGUGGACGUCUCGAAGCAGCCGCGUGGACGCUCUCCUCCUCACCCCCCUCAGCCCACAUUGCACUAAAGAUCCAAACUGCUCCCUGUCCCAGGAUAUCUUCCUGAAUGGUAGCUACCUACAUAUGGUUUUUUUUUUCCAUUUCUUUUUAGCCUGCGCAUCUCCACGACAGCCAGCACAUUUAUCUUUUUUUUGUCGUCUGGACUGUUUACACUGGCGAACCCGCUCCAAGUUAAACGGCGUCAAACCUUAGUGGAAACAUACAGAUCACUUGAAAAGCAAUUUGUCUUUUGCUCAUAACUAUGUGCGUCAUCUCAAAAAAGAUGGACUGAGAAAGCUAGACUUUUUUUUGUUUCCACCCUUUUAUCACGCGGUAUAGUUUUACAUUUAUUUAAGCCAUACGCUCAUGUCCACAAACACAAGGGAACAUAAUUGUUUGUGCUGAAUGGGUGAGAGAAAAAAAUAUAUGACUGUUCACUUUGGCUUUAAGAAGUGCAGCCAUUCAUACAGUAGGAAGAAGUGAUAAUGUGUGGGUGCCCCCUCCCUUAUUUUUUAAUGAACUUUUUCCCCUUGAAUAAUGUGCUUUAUGUGUUGUUACUGUGUGACGUCAGAAGGUGGAGACAAUUCAUAAAAUAUUUCAUUUUAAAAACACAAAACCCUCUGUACAUAACAAACCUCGAAAAGCAAUGUCCGUCACCUGUCUGUGAAUAAGUCAAGUUUUAUUUUUAUUUUAUUUUUUAAACAAAAUAUAAUUUUGUGUGUACUUCUCAUUGGUACACUGUUGUGAUUUUAUUUUUAUUUUCCUGUUUCCAAGCAAGACGUUAUUGGCAAUGCUACCCAAGCCUUGUGUCAUCCCGAACACUUUUGGUCGUGACGAUCCAAUGUUAAACCAUCUUUUUGUUCUAAGCUUUUGCCAAUACCUUAGGACAGAGUUUCCCAAAACGUUAGCUCAAGCCUUGAAUUUUGUUCCUUUACGAAAAUGGACGUGAAAAUGUAUCAUUAAUUGUCUAUUACAACAAGCACCAAUUGCCAAGAAAUGGAGGACUUUGUAUUUUAUUUGAAACUUACAUAAAUUACAAUCGAAAACCCAAAUAAAAUGGACACAGACAUCAUUUUGGGGAAACCCUGUCUAAAAAGAUUACAUUUCCCAGUUAUGGUGUUUUCCUAAGGGAAAAAAAGAUUUGUUAGGACCAAUUGUUCCAAAAGGGUUGAGCUGAAAAAUGUUAUUUAGUUCUGAAAGUCAUUUGAUUAAAAAAAAAAAAAAAAUCUAGAGGUGUGGCAUUUGUUGUUGGCAUUAAUAAUAUAAAUUUUAUUGGUUGCCGGCCCGCAUUCUUUGUCACUUUUGGUAAAAACUGUUAAAUACAAAAAAAAAUACCUAACUUAAAAGGUAAAACAUUUUAAAAUCUGUCAUUCAUUGGGCCUUAUCAGAUUUUUUUUUUUCAACCGUGUUCCGUGUUUCCAAAGAAGGCAGGGAAAGUGAUGUUUUCCUAGCUGUGGUUUUAGGAAAUAAACACAAUAAGGAUUAAAACAAAUGAUACUAGAACUGUCUGUAAUUCCCCAUUUUGUACUUCUCCUUUCAAUUCCUAGUUACACAGCCAACACAAAAAAAACUUGUGCUGGAAUAAAAUAUCAAAGAUCGUAAA